CCGUACACCAGACUCCACCGGAAAUGCGUCCAGGGGACUUUUGUUGUAACUUAUUCCCGUUAUGGCGGAGCACACAGAGGCAGAAGGCAUUGGCUUGGCCGCUAACAGCAUGGCUCAGCAGCCAGCACUCCGUUUUCCUGCCGCUGCCCCUCCACCCGCCAACCCCUCCACCCGCAGGCAGCCUUUACUGAGCACCCCUGUGCCUCCCUUUCCUAUGAUGAGGGGUCCUCCACCUCCUGCCCGGCCGCCCUUCGGACGCAUUCCCUUUGACCCCAGUGUGCCCCCUCCCAUGGGUGCCCCACCUUUACAGAGACCCCCGUUUAUGCCUCCACCUGGAGGAUCCAUGCCGCCUCCACCUGGCAUGAUUUUCCCUCCUGGAAUACCACCUACAGCCUCUCCUUCUCCAGCUCCUGCUCCUGCUCCUCCUUCCCUGCCCUCUACAGAAGAGAUCUGGGUGGAGAAUAAGAGUCCUGAGGGAAAGGUGUAUUAUUACAAUGCACGUACAAGGGAGUCAUCCUGGACAAAGCCUGAAGGAGUGAAGAUGAUCCAGCAGGCUGAGCUGGGUCCAAUGAUGCUGAGCCAGGCAGCGGCGGUGGCGGCAGCAGCAGCCAGCGGAGGAUCCAGUGGGCCUGGUCCAUCUGUCAACAUCCCAACUGCAGCCAACAGCACUACAACCACACACACCUCCCAGAGCCCCUCCACGGUCAUGAGCUCCAACUCCUCUCCCAGCAUCACAGCAGCCUCACCUCUCCUCCCAACACCUGUGUCAGCCCAUGAUGUCGUGGAGAUGACGUCAGUUGUAACCACAACCCCCAGUGCGAUGGCAACCACAAUAGCAGCUAUCAAUCCUCCAACGGUUACAGUGGCCAUGACUACAGGACCGCCACCUCUGCCAGUGGCAUUGCCCCAUACUGUGCCACAGCCCACUGCUCCAAUGCCAGGAUUCCCUCCUGUCAUGGUGCCACCCUUCAGAGUGCCCCUGCCUGGCAUGCCCAUUCCGCUGCCCGGUGUAGCAAUGAUGCAGAUAGUCAGCUGUCCCUAUGUAAAGACUAUCUCUCCUACCAAAAACGGUAUGCUCCCUGGCAUGGCACCACCUUUGGUACCCAUGAUGCCUCCUCAAAUGGCAAUGGCUGGGCAUUCAGGACUGCCUGGAGCUCUGAGUACAUCUGACUGGACUGAGUUUAAAACCCCAGAGGGAAAGUCCUACUACUACAAUAAACACACACAGGAGACCACCUGGGACAAACCAGAAGAACUCAGAGAGACAGUUGCUCGUCUCCAUGUCUCCAUAACAGAAAAAGAGAGUGAGAAGAUCAAGGAUGCAGCUCUUGACAUGAUUGAUGCUGAAAUCAUGGAAAUGGAAGAUGGAAGCCCAAAAAUUGAUCCACCAAAAGAUAAGAAAGAGGAGCUGAAAGAGGAAGAGAUGACAGAGGAACAGAAGGCAGCGAAAAAAGCAAAGCCGGUUGCAACCACACCUAUUCCUGGCACACCAUGGUGUGUGGUGUGGACGGGUGAUGAGCGAGUGUUCUUUUAUAACCCAACCACGCGUCUGUCCAUGUGGGAGCGGCCGGAGGAGCUGGUGGGACGGGCUGAUGUUGAUAAAGCGAUCCAGGAACCUCCCCACAAAAGAGGCAUGGACAACAGCAACAAACUGGUGCUAGCUAAAGAGGAGCAGGAGUUUCCUGUAGCAGAAGACACACCUGAAGAUGAACCCAGCAAAGCCAAGAGACGAAAGAUAGAGGAGAAGAAGGAGGCCGACACAGAGAAAGAGGCAGCUAUGGAGGCAGAGCUGAAGGCAGCACGUGAGAGAGCCGUGGUACCUCAGGAAGCUCGGAUGAGUCAGUUUAAAGACAUGUUGCUUGAGCGAGGGGUCUCUGCGUUCUCUACCUGGGAGAAGGAGCUUCAUAAGAUUGUAUUUGAUCCACGUUAUCUGCUGCUCAAUCCCAAAGAGAGAAAACAGGUGUUCGAUCAGUAUGUGAAGACGCGUGCUGAGGAGGAGAGGAAAGAGAAGAAGAAUAAAAUCAUGCAGGUCAAAGAUGACUUCAGGAAAAUGAUGGAGGAAGCUAAACUGGGUGUCAGAACAACAUUCAGUGAGUUCGCUGCCAAACACGCCAAGGAUUCACGCUUUAAGGCUGUUGAAAAGAUGAAAGACAGAGAAGCCAUUUUUAAUGAAUACAUGAUGGCCUUCAGAAAGAAGGAGAAAGAGAACUCAAAGAAUCGUGGAGAAAAGGUCAAGCAAGACUUUUUUGAGCUCCUGUCAGAUUAUCAUGUUGAUGGUCAGCAGCGCUGGAGCAAAGUGAAGGAAAAGAUGGAGACUGACCCUCGCUAUAAGGCUGUGGAAACCUCUGCAGCUCGAGAAGAACUAUUUAAGAACUACGUGGAGCGUCUUGCCAAGAAUCCAAACUCUGAGAAAGAGAAGGAGCUAGAGAAACAGGCCCGGAUAGAGGCCAGUCUAAGGGAAAGAGAGCGCAUGGUGCAGAGAUUCCGCUCGGAGCAGACCAAAGAGAUUGACCGUGAGAGAGAACAGCACAAGAGGGAGGAGGCAGUCCAGAAUUUUAAAGCGCUCAUGUCUGAUAUGGUAAAGUCAUCUGAUGCAAACUGGUCAGAGACACGUCGGACCCUGAGGAAGGAUCACCGCUGGGAGUCGUCCUCACUGCUGGAGAGGGAUGAGAAAGAGAGGCUCUUUAACGAGCACAUCGAGGCCCUCGCAAAGAAGAAAAAGGAGCAAUUUCGCCUACUUCUGGACGAGACGACCUCGAUCAAUUUGAUGACAUCUUGGAAGGAAGUGAAGAAACUCAUUAAAGAAGAUCCAAGAUGCAUCAAGUUUUCCAGCAGUGACAGAAAAAGACAGAGGGAGUUUGGUGAUUACAUCAAAGACAAGUACAUCACAGCCAAAGCAGACUUCCGAACUCUUCUGAAAGAGAACAAGUUUAUCACCUACAAAUCACGUAAGUUGAUGCAGGAGUCAGAGCAGCACUUGUCGGACAUAGAGAAGAUUUUGCAAAAGGAUAAAAGGUACCUGGUUCUGGACUGUAUGUCAGAAGAGAGGCACAAACUCCUCAUGGCAUAUGUGGAGGAGCUGGACCGCAGGGGACCACCUCCACCUCCCACUGCCUUUGAACCUGCUCGACGCUCCACUAAAUGAUAACACAUCUCCCAGAUUUUUUUUCCACUCCUUGAGCCCACACUACCACCGUUCACAUUAAAGACUCGCAGAAAUGGUAAAUCACUCCAGCUCAAAGGUUCUACUUGACAAACCUUUCGAAGUGAAUGGUACAUACCCACUUGCCCACUAAGCUCAUGACACAGAGAACAUCAUGGGUUAAUGACCAAUCAGUUCAGCUAAGCGUAAGACACAGCAUAAGUAUUUGGACCAACUGAAAGGGUUUUUUAAAGAUGCAUUUCUAGGUUAUCUCCAUAAGGAGCCAGUGUUUUCAUGUUCUUACACAAACUCUUUAUCCGUCCAUUCAAGGGUUAAAGCCACAUUAGAGGCUCAUUGGUGAUUGUAGAGAGUCUGUCAUGUGUUUGGGUAAUUGUCCUGAACAUCAUCUGGAGGUAUGACCACCUGGUGCCUGCUGACCUCUUUUUCCCGCUCCAGCCUCUGCAAUCUCAAAUUGCGAAUAUCAAUUCCGUUUCACGCAUCCAUCGUUUGCUCCAAACUGUGAUUUGCUGAAAUUGGGAGAACCUCCCAGUUUUGUGAACAUUUUUGGUGACUUUAGUCACCCACAGGGAUAUUCAAGAAUUAUGAAAGCCUCUCUAUGUAUAUGUAAUUUUAACCAACUGUUGGGUUAACAUGUAAGAUGUUUGUAGAUGAUGAAUAUAUAUGGAUAAAUAUGUAUUCAUUAGUUUGUUUACAGUGUGUUACGACUGACCGUAUGAGCACUGGCAGUUGGCCAUGUCAACUGGUCAUACGGUGUAAUUUAAUUGUCCAGAUGUUUCUUAAAAAAAUAUCUUGUUUUUUGCUUUAUGUACAGUUGAAGUUGAAUAAAAGCAACCUUUUUUUUUUA